AUGGACCCCGAGCUCGCGGCGGGCGCGGCGGUAGCAGCAGCCGCCGACGAGCGAGUCGGCGCCGAGUGGACCGGGUCGACCUCCAAGGCGAGCGACGCAACAGCAGACCUGGUCGCCGGUUGGCUGGGUGGAGCAGUCGGCGUCCUCGUUGGCAACCCGUUCGAGGUCCUCAAGGUCCGCUUGCAGACGGCCCCCUCGUCGACCUCGACCCCGUCCAGCUCGUCGCCUCGAGUCGGCAAAUCCUCCGUCUCGCCCCUACGCUCGCCGUCCUUCCCCUUCCCGCCACCGCCAACCCCUCUCGGCAGAACCGCCGCACCCGCGCCACUACCAGCCGCGGCGAGCCCAGCUCAGCACUCGCCCUCGACCCUUCGCACGCCCGGACCUGCCGCCCUCGGCGCCGCAACCCGCCCUUCCGCCGCACCCGCAUCCGCACCGCAUGUACCACAUACAGCCCCUCACGGCACGCCCUCGACGUCGACCGCGCGACCGGGCCUCAUCAGCCUGUACCGCACCGAGGGCUUCCGCUUCUUCUUCGCCGGCACGGCGGGCCCGAUCCUCGGCCUCGCCUUCAUCGACUCGGCCUUCUUCGGCCUGUACGGGCGCAUGAUGGAGCAGCUCCACCAAGACCGGCAAGACCCGAACGCCCUGUCGCGCGUCUUCCUUUCGGGCGCGACGGCGGGCGCCCUCUGCGCACUACUCGAGACGCCGAUCGAGGUCGUCAAGACGCGCGCCCAGGUCGAGUCGGUCCCGGGCAAGAAGCUCGGCUCGUUCGGCAUCGCGCGCCAGAUCGCCCGCAAGGAGGGCCUGCGAGGCUUCUACAUCGGCGGCCUCAUGACGGCGAUCCACGACAGCAUCUCGAGCGGCAUCUUCUUCUGGAGCUACUUUGUCCUUCGACGACUACUGCGCGGCGACUCGCCGUUCCAGUCGGCGCCGCCACCAUCAGCCUCGCCCCUCGAGUCGCUCAACCCGUUCUCGCCCUCUGCAUCUUCCGCAUCCACCGCAUCGACCGCUCUUCCCGAUACCCCGACCGCACCCGCAUCCGCACCCAUACCCAGCAGCACCGGCCCGACCAUGAACAAGGCCGAGGUCGGCCGCAUCCUCCUCGCCGGCGGCCUCGCCGGCGCGUUGAGCGCCAUCGUCCCGUACCCGUUCGACAUUGUCAAGACGCGGCUCCAGACGGCCAACUUUGAGACGCGCGCGAGGACGAGCCCGGCGGCGCGAGCGGGCCAGUUCACGAGCAACGCGACGCCGUUCCACACGCGCGCCGGGGCGGGCUCGGCGGCGCCGGGAGCGGGCGGCGGCGGCGAGGGGGCGACGUCGGCGGCGGCAGGAGCGCGAGGGGCCGACAAGCCUCAGCGGCUCACGGUGCCGGGCGUGUUUCGCGGCAUCCACGCCGACGGCGUCGCGGCGCAGCGGUACCGGUACCCGUCGUCGGUCGUGUACCAGGUCCUGUCGACGUGGGUGUUCCCGGCGCGACGGGUCGCCGGGCAGCAGGCGCCACACCUCGACGCGAGGGCCGAGAAGUGGGCGUUGAGGCUGCUCGGCCUGCAGGGGUUCGCGACCGGGAUCCGGCCGACGGUCGUCAGCUCGUUCGUCGGCAGCGCGGCGACUAUCACGACGGUCGAGCUGGCGCUGCACCUCAUGGGUGUCAACGGCGGCGGCGGCGGCGUCGGCUAAAGAGCGAGGUGCGGGCGUCGUCGACGAGGAGCAGUCGAGUAGACGGGAGGAGCAUGGGCGAGUAGAAGCCGCAACGAGCACACAUCUCCAGCUCG